CCCUAAUUCUGUUGUGUAUUUAUCAAUUAAUUUUUAUUUUCUGCAAUCGUUGAUAAUGAACUGUUGACUGUGGGAUGGAAAGUCGUUUAACAAAUUAGUUGUUUUAUCAAAUAACACAUUUUCCGUCAGUUUUCAAUUGGCAGGGAGAGGAAACGGCACAAUGAAUUCCAUAGAAGAGCAAUUAAAGCAGUUAACAAUAUUGAAUAGGAGGUGUGACGAUGGACAUGUUAGAACCGGAAAAGUAGCAGCUUUAGUUGAUAACUUACAGCAGAAAGCUGGGUCUGCACAGAAUGCCACUCUCAGCAAAUCGAAGACGGCACCAUCCAUUCCACCAAAGCCAUUCAAAAAAACAAAUGAAAUGCCUCAAGUACCCCUAAGCAAACAAGUUAUGGAUACUCGAGAACCACUCUUUUCCCAACCUUUGCUUAGUUUGGAAUUGUCUAAAGCCAAAGGAACUGAAGGCGGACCCAACCUCUUACGUAGGCAGCAGCCACCCAUAUAUCCAGGACUCAGUGGCGAUAAACCUGGCAACAGCCAAACCACUUUGGAUAACCCAGCUGUAUUGGAACAGCAACUAGAAGCAUUGGCGUAUCACAAACAGCAAAUGGAAAGAAAGGGGCUGUUGGGAUCGCAAGCUCAAAUCACAGAACCUAUUAGAAGCAUUCCAAAACUUUCAUCCACGUCGUUGAGUGGCCGUAAUUUUGGGAGCCCAGUUGCUUCAAUUUAUAGCAAUUUGCCAACUUCUCGCGAGAAUCCAACCCACGAUUCAAAAGCUGCAUUCAAUCAUUUAUCCACGCAACCAGAAAAUUGCCAACCAAAGGAUUCAAGUAUUCUCUCCAUUUGGACAAACUCAAUGUUAGACAAGGAGCCAGAAGAAGACUUACCACCACCGCCAAGUCCGGUGAGCUCUUCGUACAGCGAGCUCCGACGAGCAAGUGAUGUCUUCAGCAAAGCGGUGAAUUUCCAAGAAAAUCCAAAUAAUAAGGCCGGACCAUCAGUUUCACGCGCAAAUUAUACCAAUCAUUAUGGUUCACAGAACGCAAAUCUCAAGGGCUAUCAAAACAAGACGUGUGCGGACUAUUUUGGCUAUGGUGCAUUAUCCCAGAGCUCUUCUACAUAUGACUCGAUAUAUGAGCCUAUUAACCCACGCCCACCUAGCGAUAUAUCGUCACGUACUAAUUGUAAUACAUAUGCUACGUACGUAAAUCAGAGUAACACACCCAUCAGUUCAGGUGCGAGCAAUAGUAUUUUAGUAGCGAGUGAAUCAAAUACUCAUCUUUACUCCAAUGGCGAGGCAAGAGGUGAACAUAAUCCAAGUAAUAUUGGCUAUUGCCAACGAACUGAAAAUGGCGAGAACAUGAAACAAUAUCAUUUAGCCUCGAUUGAUACCACUAGUGAAGUGGAGAGCUACGGACGAUGCUUUAAAUGCGGCGAACGCGUGUUGGGCGAGAGCAGUGGUUGUACAGCAAUGGAUCAAAUUUAUCACAUUUCGUGUUUCACUUGCACCGAAUGCCAAAUCAAUUUGCAAGGCAAACCGUUUUAUGCCCUGGAAGGGCAACCGUUUUGCGAACAUGAUUACCUACAGACACUUGAAAAAUGUUCUGUCUGCUUGAAACCAAUUUUGGAGCGCAUUCUGAGGGCAACUGGAAAGCCCUAUCAUCCCCAAUGCUUCACUUGUGUUGUGUGUGGAAAUAGUUUGGAUGCCAUUCCGUUCACAGUUGAUGCUACCAAUCAAAAUUACUGCAUUGCUGAUUUCCACAAGAAAUUCGCGCCUCGGUGCUGUGUCUGCCAAGAGCCAAUUAUGCCAGAAGCGGGCCAAGAAGAAACAGUGCGCGUAGUCGCUCUGGAUCGUAGCUUUCACCUGGAAUGCUAUAAAUGCGAGGACUGUUCCCUCUUAUUGUCGUCUGAAGCUGAUGGUCGAGGCUGCUAUCCUUUGGAUGAUCAUGUUCUAUGUAAAAGCUGUAAUGCUCGACGCGUUCAGGUUUUAACAAAUCGCAUGACCUCGGAACUCUGAAUUCGAUUAAAUGAUACUCCCAUAUAAAAUAUUUAAUGAGCUAAGUAUUUGCAUUCAAACUGACAACUUAAAGGAUGUCAAGACUUUUUUAGUUGUCCUGAUCGAAAGUUGCAUUCCAUAAUUUAUAAAAUAAAGCAAUAUCAUAAUUAA